UUAAAAAGGAUAACAAUGGGAUGAUAUGACCUUUUCAAGAUUACACAAUAUUUCAAUGCUGGCUGCAACAUUAUGAUUGUUAUCACCAUAACAUUUUAUAUUCCUAAUAAUUGUUUACUAGAAUGUUUUCAAACCAGAGACAAUUAUAAUAGCUGUAUUUUAUGCAUCUGCUAUUCUAAUUUAUAUACAUCAGGUAUCAAAAUGCAUUGUCAUUACAUUGACACUAGAUGAAACUAUUCUGGUUAUCAAUUGUGCUAAAUUUUUUUGUUAAAUAACUUGACCCGCAAUGAUGAAUUCUUUAUCACAUUCAUGGUCCUGACUUGUCACCAGUCGUCCAUCAUGCUCUCUGAUAUGACUGGUGAAAAGUCAGCUUAUAAUCAUUAAACCCUUGCUUAUCACCAGUGCCAUUUUAACUAAUUUUUAUGCAAGACAGGGAUAUCAUCUAAGGUCCUGGUUAGAUUGAUCAUUGCUAAAUUGAUUACUAAGCAUGCCUGCUUACAGUUUGACAAUAAAUAUUAUUUUUAACGGUAUUUAUUAAAAAAAUGUAUUUUUAUACCCCAUGCAUAGGAGGCACAAGACUUUGGGGGCCCAAGGAAAGAAUUUUUUCGCUUAUGCUUGGCAAAAAUAAAAGAAACUUAUUUUGAUAAUGGACUAAGAGAGCUAAUGAGAGACAAGUAUACCACAGUUGGAGUUAUACUUGGUCUUAGCAUAAUUCAAAAUGGGCCUUUGCCAAGGUUCCUAAGCCUCGAGAUCCUUGAAGAAGUUUUUGGGAAUGAAAACCUGGGUCCUUGCCUACAAGAACUGYAAGAUGGCCUAAAGAAGACUGGUAUCCACCAGGUUGGGAGUCAAUUACCACUUUUCUUAYRUAUUCUUAAACCAGGKCCCCCAAGCAUUUUAACUGUAAGGAAAUUGAUUAGCCUACUGGAACCCCUAUUCAGUGAGUCAGGGUCAAAUAGAAGGGCACAGGAAAAUGCUGUUUAUGGUCAGUUUGUCAAGUAUUUGAGAGAAGCUGCAAGUAAGUGACUGCUAUGAAAUAAAAAUUCUGUUCAUAUGUAGUCGUAGAGCUAUGUAACCUUCCUGUUAUGCUAUUUGGUAUCUAAAUAGAUUAAUAAGCU